UGCAGCCCUCAACUGCCGUCCUCCACCCAUGUACUCUCCCGCCGCCAUCCAAACACCCACGCUGGACUCCGAGUCCCCGGCCCUCCUCCAAUCAAUCACCUCCCAUGGAGGCUACGCUUUUACCCGCAUGGCCACAUUAGCCGCUUCUGGCGACCAACGCGCUGCUGAGGCGGCAUGUGAGAUGGCCUGGGAGCAGCUUCACUCUGGCCCGUGGCACUCUGUUCUCCCCGUCUGGCGUGACGCUUACUCCAUUGCGUGCCUCCAUGUGGCCAAGUUCCAUUUCUCGAAUGGCGAGUUCAGAGAUGCUCUUAGGUCUUUGGACUUGGGGAUCAUAAUGGGCGGUCCUUUGCUUAGGAAAGAUUUGGACUCCGCAAUUGAAGUCGUUUCGGCUGUCAAGUCCAGCCAGUAUCAUAACGGAGUAGCUGAUGAUAAUAAAGGUCGGGAAAAUGCAGGGUCUCGAUUGCUCGUUCCUCCACGGGAAUUUGAUAAGUCCGAGGUACUACAAAUUUUGCCAAUAAGGUCACUAUCUUCCAAGAUUGUGCCGAAGAGGCCCACCCUAUCUCUAGAGGCAUUUCUAUGUGAGUAUUUCCUCUUGGGUUCUCCGGUUAUAAUUACUGAUUGCAUGGCUCACUGGCCAGCCACGACAAGGUGGAAUGAUAUGGAUUACUUAAGAACGGUUGCUGGUGAUCGUACUGUUCCAGUUGAGGUUGGAAAAAUUACUUAUGUUCAGAUUGGAAGCAAGAGCAUAUUACAUUUUCCGAGUUUCUUGAGAGGGUUCAAUCAAAUGGCUGUAGAAGUAAGGUCCCCACGUAUCUUGCACAGCACCAAUUGUUUGAUCGAUAAAUGCUUACGGAAGGACAUUUCUAUUCCCGAGUAUUGUUAUGCUGGUGGUGGGGAGCUGAGAUCUAUGAAUGCAUGGUUUGGUCCAGCUGGGACAGUGACACCUUUGCACCAUGAUCCACACCAUAAUAUACUUGCUCAGGUAUUUGCGUGCCCUGAUUAUUCCUAA